AUGUACCGAAGUGGUUCUGAGUGUACGAUCGCCGCGUCGUCCUUCGCCUACCUGCGAGCAGGUGUAUUCUUCGGCUUAAACGCAGGCUCGUCGCCCUGUUUUUGUCAUCGUGAUGAGGUCACGUCACGCCAUAAAAAUAAAAUCGCAAUGGCGUGCCCACGGCCGGUAAGUGUCUUUGUUUCUUUUACAUAUAAAUAAUGAAAAUGUAUAAAUAAUUAAAGGUUAUACUUCUUCAUCAUGAAGUUAAUUUAGGUUUAGAUCAACUAGGCUUUCCUUGUGAUAUAGGUCCUCAUUUUGCUGAAUUUAUAAAUAUAGUUUUUGACCUCGUGUUUUACCGGUCCUAUAUUAGAUCUAUAUCUUUUAAUAUGAUAUACUGAUACAUGACAUUUAAUAAAAAUGCUAAAAUAAACUUUUGGGAACAACUAAGCAGUUGCUUUUAUAUGGAAGAGAAAACAUAAUUAUUUAGACUUAUAAUAUUAUUUAUAAUUGCUUGACAUAUUAUUUGCUUUAUCAAUUUAAAAAGUCCUGGGGGGGGGGGAGUUCGAAAUUUUCUUCAAGUCUUGUCUUACAAGGUGUUUAUAUGGAAGCAAGCCAGUGUGGGUACCCGGCCCAGCUUGCUUUGCUGGGAUUUAAAACAUCCCUAUGUAAUUUGUACUAAUUUAAUUUUGCCUUUGUUUGGGAACCGGCCAAGCUCGUCUAGGCGAGAUCUAGCUUUGUAAAUCCAGGAUUACGUCUAGGCAGUUUGGGGCUAGUUCGCAAGUUUUGUUCAUAUGUUUUCAGACCUGGAAAUAAUUCUAGCCUUUCUUGGAUCCUAGCCAGGGGGGGGGGAUUUUCUUUGAACACACUGUUCUAAAAUUUAGUCGGGGCAUUCUAUUUGAAAACUCUCAUAAAAUUUGGUUCAUAAUAAUAAUAAUAAUAAUUACAAUAUUUAGUCAGGGGGUCCACUGACGAAAGUGAUUUUCAGUGGAGCCCUGAUAAAAAAAUAAAAUGAAAGAAUAAAAAUAUCAAACUAACAAAAGUGAAUAUAUGAAAAGUUAUAUCGUAUAAAGUUCUUGCGCAUCCAAUCGGUUCGGUAGAGAGUCCUAUGGCUAUGUUGGUUUAAUAACAUUAACUCUGCUUCACAGCCUUCCCUGUUAACAAAAUCUAUUCAAUUAAUCAAUAAAUUGGAUAUUGGAUAAUAUUAAUUAAUUCUAUGUUACUAAUGUUAGUAACUUAGGUCUUCAUAGCAUAUCCAAUUAAAUUGUAAUAAAUGCUUAUAUUGUGUAAUAGCUUAUUACAGUUGUACUUAUAACUUAUAAGCAUUCAUUACUACCUAAUUUGUCAUUUGCAAGUUGUGUGAUAAAGAAAUUUAAAUUUCAAGGAAUGUUUUUUAUGUAUACUCAAGUGAAAAAAAACUUUUUUGAGAUCGAUUUGUGCAUCAGGUUAUAUCACUUAUAUCAGCGUUUUCAGUUCUAAGAAAAUUUCUUUAAAAUGGGAAAUUCUUAACCAUUUUGUUGAUUUUUAUGGAUAAUUUUUUAAAGAAAUUUCAAAACUUUCUGCCAAAGAAAAUUGAAAAUCUUUUCUAGCAAUCAAAACAUUUCCUAGGAACGUCGUUCCGAGGACCACAACUAUUUCCAGAUCUGUAUGUUUAGGCGAAUAUAUCGUUGUAAGUCUGCCUCAUAUAGAUGCAAAAUGAAAUCAGUUUGGCAAAGCGAGCUAUCCCGGGCAGCAGGGUUGGCUUGGUCUCAUAUAAACACCCCCUUACAGUCGCAGAGAUAUUGUAACAGAAUCCGCCAUUCAACUGUCGGUAUCCUGAAUUUGAAAAACUAUUUUGCGGAUAAAGAAAUAUUAAUAAAUGUUAACUCUAAUAUCUUUAGCCAUUUUGGUCUGACAUGUAUGCACAUAAUAUUUAAUGUUUAUUUUCAUUUGCAAGUAACCAUUGAUCUCACAAAAUCAGAAAGUGAAUCUCCAGUGAGUUGUAUUAAUUAUAUGGCGAUAAAGGCAGUCAGUUGAAACAUUAAACUUGAUAAUGCAGUAAAAUUGUCUGCAUAAGACAGAGUGAAACAACAAAGCGGGGUGCUUCUGUGUUCAUUGUAGCUGAAUGGAUUAAUUAUCCAGUGAAUAACAUGUAUAAGCAUUAGCCGUCUCAAGCUAAUAAAAUAUAUUAUUAUUGUCUUGCUAAUGAUUGUGUCAUGUCAUGUGCUGUUAGGAUAUAAUUGAUUUAACGGAUUCAUUGAAGAAUCUCUCACCUAGCCCAAGCCCGCCAAAGAAAAAGAAUAAAACUGAAAAGGUAAGUUAUUGACGUAGGAGGACCGACCCCCACAAGGCUCCACUUUGGUUUGCACUAAAUAUAAAAUUUUUUCCUUUCCUUCUAGAGCCUUUCUCUACCUGUUGUCAGACAAGAUUUUGUAAAUUAAUUUGACUUUUGGUAUUAAAAUAUUGUAUGGUAGUUGUAGGAGCAUAAUAGUAUAUAUAUAUAUAUAUAUAUAUAUAUAUAUAUAUAUAUAUAUAUAUAUAUAUAUAUAUAUAUAUAUAUAUAUAUAUAUAUAUAUAUAUAUAUAUAUAUAUAUAUAUAUAUAUUUAAUCUUAAAAAUGGUAUAUGUUGCCUUAAUAGAAGAUCGGAAAUAUUCGCGAAGUGCCGCCACGCAGAGAAAUUCCACGCGGGAAAAUUUGAGAGCGUGCGCGACCAACGAACGCAUGCGUCAGCAAACCGUUAGUGAGUAGCGUCAACAAACAAAACUGAACUUACUUGUAAUAACAGUUGCCUGAAGAUUGCGAAAUUGCAUGAAACUCUGGCAACAUAUACCAUUUUUAAGAUUAAAUAAAUAUUGCUCUACAAAUUUUUGUAUUGAGCACUCUUUAAUCUACUGCAAUAACAAAACUUUGUUAUAUAUAUAUAUAUAUAUAGCUAAAGCUUUAAUAUGAGCAUGUCAUUUAUAUGUAGUAAAAAGUUGACUAGCUUUUGUUAAAGCUUUAAUAUGAGCAUGUCAUUUAUAUGUAGUAAAAAGUUGACUAGCUUUUGUUAAGUUACGUUUUGGUAGGUUUUGCCAUCAAAAAGGGAAAAAUAUGUGUCUUUAUUGUCCGUGCAUGUCUAUAUCUGCACGCAGUCAGAAAUUUUUAAAGGCGGUAAAAAUUUCCAAAUUUGGUAAAUUUCACCACAUUGUAAUAACCGCUGAGAAAACCUGGUCACACUACAUAUUGUUAUAACCGCUGAGAAAACCUGGUCACACUACAUAUUGUAAUAACCGCUGAGAAAACUUGGUCGCAUUAGACUUUUACUUGAACACUAAUCUCCUUCCCCCAUAAAAUAUUGGAGUGUGUGCAGCCCACACCCCAUGCUGCCCACCUUUUUAGAAACCGCCUCACCUUAACACCUUUCCUUUUAAGUGAGUAUAGCUACAUUUUGAAAGUAUCCUGUAAAUUAAACAUAUUUUUUAUAUUUUGCUCUUGUAGUUGUCAACUUUUUCCAAACGCCUGUCCUUCACUGAUGAAAGGUAGGUGAUUGUUGUGCACAAGAAUUUAGAAUUCUUGAGUUUUUGUACAUUGGUAGUAGCAAUUGUACAAGUACAUGUAUCUCACUUUGUAUGAAAUGGGGAUCGCUUACACACAUGUGCGAUAUAUUACAAAAAAAUGUUAUAUGUACUGUACCUGUACAAUAUAUUACAAUGAAAAUUGUGUAUGAUCUUUAUUUUCGUUACUUGUAGUAAACAAUCCCAGUUCAUCGAAGAACCAGACACCGAGUUCUACAAAGGUGACGCGGGAUGCCCUAUAUAUAAGGCAUCUGCACCUUGUCUCCGUUCCAGUGAGCUAUGUGAGAUCAUUCUCAAUCCUGGUGAAAAGAUCUGAACCAAAAUUCCACUUGGCUGCCGAAGGAACGCCACAUUCAUCGAUCCUAGAUACAACGUGUCUCGUCCACGCUGAUGAUUUUAAGGCAGAUGAUAACGGAUCUUUCCGCCAUCAUGGAACCAAGUUUGAGUUCAUUGAAAUGGAUGAUGACGGUGAAGUCACGCGCAUCGAUAAACCGGUAAACCUCACACCGGGUGAAUACAAGUUGUCUCAUACCUACUGGGUUCAUAGCUCCACCAAGACCUUUAAAAGAAGAACCGUUACAUUAGAAGAUCACGAAGCGAAAGUCUGGCCAGUGAUUGUCCUGUAG